UUUUUGUUUACCGUCACUUUAUUGCAAUUGCAAUAUUAAUUUUGCUUCUUGCUGUUUGAUAGAUUUUUAAUUGUAUAAAAUUUAUUGUUUUCCUUCUUAACAAAAAAAAACUUUUGUGAAAUAGUUUCGGUGUAAUAAUGGCAUCUAAUGUAAAACCUGGUACUAGCUCGGCUAGCACCAGCGGUUCAACGUCAUCCACGUCGACACCAGCCCCACCAACUAACAUACAGGAAUUCAAUAUCAGAGUACCUAAGAAUUUACGAAAAAAGCAUCACGUUAUGCGCUUUAAUGCCACAUUAAACGUUGACUUUGCUCAAUGGCGGGGCGUAAAAAUGGAGCGCGAAAAUAAUAUGAAAGAAUUUCGUGGGAUGGAUGAAGAUAUGCCAAAGUUCGGUGCAGGCUCAGAAUAUAACCGUGACCUUAGGGAGGAAGUGCGUCGUAAAAAGUUUGGCAUAAUUGCCAAAAGAUAUAGGCCUGAGGCACAACCCUGGAUAUUAAAAGUUGGAGGGAAAAAUGGUAAAAAGUUUAAGGGAAUUCGUGAAGGUGGCGUUAGUGAAAACGCUGCCUUCUAUGUAUUCACUCAUGCUCCAGAUGGUGCGAUAGAGGCAUAUCCUUUAAAUGAAUGGUAUAAUUUCCAACCAAUUCAACGUUAUAAAUCGUUAUCCGCUGAAGAGGCUGAACAAGAAUUCGGACGAAGGAAGAAAGUAAUGAAUUACUUCUCUCUUAUGUUGCGUAAGCGUUUGAAAGGUGACGAGGAAGAGGAACAGGAUCCCGAGGAGGUGAAAUUAAAAGGUGCAGCUAAAAAACCGAAAGAAUUAAAGAUCAGCGAAAUGGAUGAAUGGAUAGAUUCUGAUGAAGAAUCAGAUUCCGAUGAAGAUGAAGAAAAAAAGAAAAAAGAGGAGGACAGUGAUGACGGUGAUGGAAAGAAAAAAGGUAAAAAGGGUCAACCGAAAAAGCCAAAGAAAAAACGAGAUGUAGACGAUGAAGCUUUCGAAGAAUCGGAUGAUGGAGAUGAAGAAGGGCGUGAAAUGGACUACGACACAGAGUCUAGCGAAGAUGAACCCGACCCAGAAUCAAAAUUGGAUAAGGAUAUGAAAUCUGUAGCCGAAGAGGAUGCCUUGCGCAAAUUACUGACAUCUGAUGAAGAAGACGAAGACGAGGAGAAGAAAUCUGAUGAAUCGGAUAAGGAAAAGGACAAAAAUAAAGAAGAAGGAGGCAAUAAAGAAAAAAAGAAAACGAAGAAAGUUUCAAAAGAGGAAAAGAAAGAUUCUUCCAGUGAUUUUAGUUCGGACAGCAGUGAUUCGGAAGAAGAAAGUGCCAAUAGCAAGAAAAAAAUCAAGGAAACACCGAAUAACAAAAGCGCAGGUAAUAAUAAUUCUCGUUCUGCAACACCCACAAAUCCAACAACGAACAGCGCCACCAAACGUAAGGUCAACAAUAGCAUGCCAAGCGAUUUGACAGCUUCAGAAAACAGCAACAGCCCAGUAAGCACCCCGGCAAAACGUACGAAAACUGAGGGGGCGCCCAUGGUACCAUCUACCUUCGCCGGAGUAGUAAAUGCUAACAAUAAAGAUGACUAUGGCAUUACCGAGGAAGCCGUUCGACGUUAUUUAAUGCGAAAGCCCAUGACACCAACAGAACUGUUAACGAAGUUUAAAAACAAGAAGACUGGAGUUUCCAGCGAUCGGUUGGUGGAAACAAUGACUCAAAUAUUGAAGAAGAUCAAUCCUGUUAAACAGACCAUACAAAACAAAAUGUACUUGAGCAUCAAGCCAACAAAGUAAUAAUGGUGCAAUUGUCAAAGUCUUGAUGUACGGAUUUAAUCAAAUGCGCGAUGUAUUGGAUAUGAAACUGUUUUUAGUUGUUUUAUGCAAUGUUUCUAGCUCUAAAAUAAACAUACGUUAAUUAAAAAAAGUUUUAUAAUCAAAUAAA